AUGGCUGCCAGGUAUCAACAGCAUCCCACAGUCCCGGUGGGAUUCCAACCAAGCCAAGGCGGUUAUGCCACACCCGCACCGCAUCAUGCGGCCCACAUGUCACCAUCGCAUCUUGGGGUUGGCUUGGACGGCACGGCCCAUGCCGGAUCUAGGAGAGGCAGUUCGACGACGGUGCCGCCGCCACAUCAACAGCAGCAACAGCCGUUGCCAAGUGCGAAUGGAGAAGGAGCUGGGACUCCAAACACAGGUAGGGAGGGGACAUCCACACCAACGGGGCAGAAUCCUAAUGGAACAUCGUCUUCGACUACUGGCCCGAAGCCCAUUCGUAGGCGGUUGCGCAUGAUCACUUCCUGCCUCGAAUGCCGGCGGCGAAAACUCAAAUGCAACAAGGGUGCGACGUGCAGCAACUGUGUGAGAUUUUCAAGAGAAUGUCUCUACCUCGGACCCAAGCUUGACGAGGCCAGUCAGAUAAGGCUUACGGAGAUCAAGGAGAAGGUUGGGUCGCUUGAGAGGCAGUUUGAGAGGGAUGUUGCCAGAGGGGCUACCGGAGGUGGUGGAGGCAGAAGUGGUGGUUCACGACAGCAACGGAUUCUGGCUGACGACGUUGAGGAUGACUUUGACGAGGAGCGUGACCUCCAGAUCAGCUCCAUGGUGGCGCUUGAUCUCACCUAUGAUGACUAUCCCGAUGGGGUUGGUACCGACGACUUGAUCGAUCUGGGCAUCCGAGUUGGAAAAAUGAGAAUUACCGAGAGAAUUGGCGGACUCAACAGACCACGCAUUUCGGAAGAGGUGACCGGCAUUGCAGGUUCCCCGAUAGCUACGACGCCCUCUUCUGCCACUACGUCCUGGUUCAAUGGGGCAUCCCAGAUGCUAGGGGGUGACGGCACGUCAGAGGCGUCCUUCGACAUGCUCCCUGAUUUUCUCAAGCCGGGUGACUCUUAUCUUCCACCCACAAGCGGCUUCUUCUUUGGCCAAGCUGGUGUAUCGCCGCCGUUGGAACAGCUGUUACCUGGAAGUCGGGAGUGGGGCCAGCGCCUGGUCAACCGCUACUUUGAAGCAGUUCACCCUAUUGCGCGGUGUGUCCACAGGCCGUCUUUCGAGGCCUUGUAUCAGUCCUUCUGGGACGAUAUCGCACAAAACUGGGAGCCCCGUCCAUCGGUACAGGCACUGGUGUUUGCUGCUUGGUUCAGUGCUGCAGUCAGUCUUGAUGAAGUCCAGGCUCAAAAUGAAUUUGGAAAUACGAAAAGUGCCAUCGUGGCUCACAUGAAGGUGGCCACCGAGACGGCGCUGAGCAAGGCCAACUUUCUGCGAACAACAAAGUUCGAGACGAUGCAGGCGUUUAUCAUGUACAUGCUUCCGCUGUGUAGAGACGAGGUAUCGAGAGCACACUCUGUGCUGGUUGGUGCUGCUGUGAGAAUGGCCGAGUGUAUGGGGCUUCACCGCGAUGGUGAGGCUUACGGCCUUAGCCCCUUGGAAACACACGUGCGACGGCUUGUUUGGCACCAGCUGUGCUUCCUGGACAUACGGACAUGCGAAGCCCAAGGACCGAAGCCAGCCAUUCGGCGCGAGGACUAUGAUACCAAGCUUCCUUUGAACUGCGAAGAGACCGACCUCACGGCGAACAUGGUUUCUGUCCCACCAUCGGCUGAUCAGUGGACGUCGACAAUGCUUGUGUUGAUGAGAUUUGAGAUCAACGAGAUGAUGCGCAUCAUCUGGGCGGACCGACGCAAGCUGGAAACGCACAAGACAACACUGACAGCCGUACUCACCAAGAUUGAAAACUUUCGCAAGCGCAUGUUUGAGAAGUACAACCGCUUCCUCAACGAAGAGGUGCCGGCUCAGAAAUAUGCGAAGCUUGUCAUGCAGCUUCUGAUCUAUCGGUUGCACGCCAUGGUGCUACACCCGUACCACUCUAAUGCUACAAGUCCAUUGCCCGAACGCCUGAACGGUCUUCUGAUUACGAGCGGCAUUCUGAUCAUUGAAACUGCGAUUCAGCUCGAAUCUGAUCCCAGAUUUCGGGACUGGUCAUGGUAUCUUGGAGCUUACCAGCAAUAUCAGAUUGCCCUUCUCUUGGCCACGGAGAUUUAUUACCGGCCUCAGAACAAGGAGUGUAAUAGGAUCUGGAGGUGUCUCGACUAUGUCUUCAACUUGGACCCCAAUGAGGCGCGGGAUCAAAAGAGUCUCAAGAUCUUGACCGAGAUCAUGGGCAAGACGAGCGUCUAUCUCGGCAUGCGAAAGGUCCGCGCGCCAACUGGUAUUGCCAGGGCCGUUCCCUACAAGCAGGCUGUGAAAGAAUCACCUAUUCAGUCACACGCCAUGGUUCCUACCGGGUCGUUUCCUCAACAUCAGCAACAGAUGCACCAGACGGUUAACGGUCCAGGUCAUAGGUUGAAGCCUGACCCAAGCAUGCCCCAGAUGCCUGUAAAUGCCAUUCCCACCAUCAAUAUGCCAAUGCCACAUGGCAAUAUGGCUCACUCGGUGCCUUCGAGCAUGCCGGCCCGUGUUCCUUCUUUCGGGCACUCACCCAUGAUGUUUCCUCCGCAACAGCCAACGAUCAUGCCCAACAUGGUGUUUGCCGGUGUCUCUAACGGUGAGGUUCUGUGGGGUUUCCCGCAUAUGAACCCUGGAAGUCCUGAGAAUAGCAGUGAUGGUGGAAGUGUUGUUGGUCAGCCACAACGUCAUGGAAGCAUUGCUGGGCCUGGGGCGGCCAUCAACGUGAUGGAUAAUAUUGACUGGGUAGGUGUUUGUUCUCUCUGA